AUGCUUCCAGGAAGGCACCUUCAACCUGAACCAGGACGAGGACUACGAGCAGUGCUUUGCCGAAAGCGCCGAGGACUCCCCGAUGACGAACCUCUUCAGGACGUUCAGCUGCGAGACCAUGAGCCCACGGACUUCUAUGACGUGCUCUGGCCGCAGCAGGUGACGAGGCUGCAGCAGACGCUGGCGUCCCUGGCCAACUUUGACAAGAGGAGCCCCAUUGUCCUUACGGUGGUCAGCCCGGGCGAGGUCGAGGCGACCCUGAGCAUGCUCACCAGCCUCCAGGCCGUCGGGGAGGAGGCCAGCAGCCUCGUCAUCGGCACCAGCCUCGGCAUAUGCAAGGCGCUGUCCGAGGGCAACGGCGUCUCCGGCAACAAGUGCAUCGCGGUGCAGCCCGCGCAGGAUGUGCGGAGCAGCGUCUUCAAGCACGCCAUCCUCACCACUGUGGCUGCAGCCGGCCUCACCGACAGGAUCGUGUACGCGUCGCCGACCGCCACGUUCUCGAGGAACUUGGACUCUGCAGAUCCCCACAAGCACGUCCUCUUCGCACAGAAGUCCUGCAGCAACGCCACUGCAGACGUGACUGAGCCGAUCGACGGCAGCGUAAUCCACCUGUCGGAUGCUCCAGAGGCCUCCGAGAUACUCAUGCGGGCGUGGGAGCGCAUGCUCAUCGAUGACAAGCUCUCUCACUCCGAGGCCCUCGCUGCAGCAGUGAAGGCCACCAGCUACGCCGAGGUCGGCCUCCUGUCGUGCGAUUCGUACAAGGUUCAGUCCGCCAACGCGACCGACGCUGACAAGAUCUUGAGCUGGGAGAUGCCCCCGGGCGUGGCGGAGAACAUGAGGCGGCAGCACAAGAAGGCAAACGCCAAUGCCUGGGUGGACCGACUGCGCAAGCAGGCUUCCAACAGCACCCAGCGCCGUGAACGCUCCGCGGAGAUGAGCGACACCGCGCGCCAUGCUGAGUGGAAGAAGCAGGCCGAUGGCUGGAAGGAUACAUGGGAGAAGAGGGUGCAGGAGCUUCGUGACGAGAACGGGUACAACGAGACGGAGGUGAGAGAGCAGAGGAAGCUGCGGAGGCAGUGGAACAAGGCACACAAGACGACUCACAAGAAGCGCGUUCGUUACUUGCCUCCUGAGGAGGCGGCGAAGGUGAAGGCGAAGGACGAAGCGUGGGAGGCCUCUCAGCAGAAGCAGAAGGAGGACGAUUUGGCAAAGGCCGAGAGCCGCAAGGAAGCGUUCCAGCGCGAGGUGGAGAAGGCGCAGCACGCAAUGGAGGAAGAAGCCGACGAGGAGGGCGAUGAAGAUUCCACCGAGGACGAGGCAGGGGCAGCUUAG